GUCUUGAGCUGACAAGGAUCUUAGAGCAGACUUGUUGGAGCCCCUGCCAAGAACAUGUCCCACAACGGUAUAUCUAACACAAAGCAGACGGUGGUGGUCAUAGCCACAGUGGGAGAAUGGUCUUCUUUGAAAUCUCUGCUGCAAGAUAACCCUGGGGAGAAACGCCACCAGGUAACCUUUAGUUCUCUGGGAUCAAACCAAGUCUGUGACCUGGCAGUGCAUGGUCGCUUGAUUAGCUUCCACUAUGCGGAUUUAAAACUAGACAUGACAGAGGAGGGAAUCAGCCAUGCAAUAGAUGGUUGCUUUAAGUCUUGCAAAGAUGGAAUCAGUACAUUUCUGCUGCUGAUCCAAGGUGGACACUAUACAAAGAAGGAAAGAAGAAUGAUAGAGAUCCUGCAGGCACACUUUGGUCCUGAAGCUCUAAAAUACCUUGUAAUUCUCUCUCUGGAUGACGGAAAGGUGAUUGACACACUGGAUGAUGCCCUCCUGGAGUUAAUAAACAUUUGCGAUGGGAGAUAUUGCCGCAUCACAUCAUCUGCUGCAAAUGACAAGAUGCAAGCACUCCUUGAGAUGAUUGACUACAUGCUUACUGAAAACAGUGUGACUGGUUACACUGAUGCCAUGCUGGUUGAAGCAAGGAGAAGGAGCACAGAGGACUCAGCCAUGAAGAUGCUGAAACAGAAGGUGCAAGAGGCAGAGGAGAAUGAGCAGGUUUUCAAGCAGCUGGUUCAGCAACAAGAGGAGAGAAGAGCCAAAGAAAUGGAGGAGCUCAAAGCUAAGCAUGCUGAGGAAAGAAAGAAGGAGGCAGCUCAACGAAAGCAAUUCGAGACAAAAAGAGAAAGCCUCGAGGAAGCUGUGCUAAGCCACAGAGCCAUGUUGCAGCUCCAGAUGAGUGCCACUGAUGAUGAUGAAACAAAGAAGAUGUCUAUCAUCCUGCUGGGUCUUUCUGGCAGUGGGAAGUCUUCUGCUCUAAAUCUAAUUCUGGAGAGAGCAGGUAAUCAGUACUCUCUUAAUGAGUCCAGCCACGAACCUCUGCAGCCAACUUUAGCUUGUGAGAGAAAGGAGGUGUUUGCAGCAGGGAGGCGGCUCAUUCUGGUGGACACCCCUGAGCUGUGGGAUGAAGACGGGGCAGAAAAUCUGGAAAUUGUCAAGAAUUGCUUGGCCUUGUCCCUUCCGGGACCCCAUGUCUUCUUGCUAGUGCUCCAGGUAGGACGCUUCACCCAGGGCGAGAGUGAGAUGCUGGGGCACCUGCAGAAGAUCUUUGGACGAGAGUUUGCAGAGCAUGCCAUAAUUCUGUUUGUUCACUUUGAUGAUAACCAGCGCAGGCCUCAGAAGAUCGACAACUACGUGGCAGGAGCUCAUUCAGCCCUGCAGGAUUUGGUACAAAGGUGUGGAAGUCGUUAUUAUGAGCUGAAUGUUACCAAGUCCCAGAAUGCUUUGAGCUAUCCUCAGGUGAAAGACCUGCUUUCAGGAAUUAACAAACUAGUUUCCUCACAUGGUGGAAAUGCCUACACUAUGAAGAGAUUUUCUGUGCAGGAGCUGCAGGAAAGAAUGAAAGUGAUUGAGGAGAGAAAGGAGGGGUUGAUGGAAGUAAACUACUUAUUAAGAGAAGCUUGAUUUCUGUACUACUACAUGUCUUUUGAAAGUUUUGCCACUGGGGCAAUUUAAAUAAAUGAAUUUCUCAAAAUCUGAAACAUCUGCAAUUUGACGAAAUUACCUUUCUAUAUUUUUAAAAUAAUACAAAGAAUGUAUUUAUAUGCUAUAGACAAACAGAUUCUACUUUUUAUAAAAUUGAGAUAUGUUCUCAUCCGACACAUGAAGUUGUGUUGUGGGGAUUUUCCAAACUAAACAGAAGAGCAGCGCACAUCAGGAAAGAAUCAUGUCUAUGUUUAUCUGCAUGGAGCAGAGAGGGGAGGAAAAGAAAAAGUUCAGCUGCAGAUUUGAUUUACUUUUGGACUUCCCCAUUGGUAUGAGGACUUAUCUGACAAGUUUAUGACAUUUGCUUGUUAAUGUGUUGAUUGCCUAACAGUUGCAUCCUUAAACACGAUUCUCCAGAUGCACUCAGCUGCCAACAAACUCAUAUAACUGCACAAAAACAAUUAGACUGGUGCUACAAGCAGUUUAGAUUUCACUGUUGCCCUUAUUGGGUAAUUCUUUUAUUUCUGUGCGAUCUAUGACUUAGUGUGCUGUAAUGGCCUUUAAUUUAAGAUUUAAAUGAUGGCUUUUGUUAUUUGCAGUUAGUCUGCUCCCUUAUGUUGGGGAAAUGCUUUCUCUCUUCACCCCAACUUAAUUAAUAAUAAGGAAUCACUGAACCUCAAAUUCUCCAAUUUAAAAUACACUUUAUUCUUACAAAGUAUAUAUGGGUAAUUCAGAUUCAGAUAUCUGGAGACCUGUGACACGCACCCUGUACCUUCUGUCACAGAUCUAAAGAAACAGUUCAGAACAACUCCUUAUAUAUCGUAAGUAACCACCCCCAUUGCACACCAAGAAUUUAACCCCUGAGUUUAAUUACUUUACAACUGUUUACCAGACCCUGUUACAGUUUAUGACACCAUUUGCAGGUCAACCUUGCAUGACCUAACACAACUGGUCAGACAAUCAACAACUUAGCCUUCCUAUGACCCCACACUUACUGUUCAUCUUUCCACUCAUAACAGCCUUUUACACAGUUUUGCAGUUCUCCACACAUCUCCCUUUGUUAUUGUUCGGCAUCUGAUGCUCAUUGUACAAGAUAAUUAACAACUCGAGACAGAUAUGGCAUCUGAAUGUGAUAAACUGUAUUUUAUUGAUUCCUUUGUAGAGUGAUUUGGUACAAUAACAUGAAACAUAGAAUGAAAUAUAUUAUUCAGGUGAAUCUUUUUGUAUAGGUGGUUAUAGUAUGUUUGCUAUAAUGGACAUCAGUGUCUAGAACCAUGCAAUUAGUUGCAAAUGACAGAGAAACAUUUCUGUUAAACAUAUAAACACACCAGCUCCAAAUGCAGGUUGAAUAGUUAGUGACCCAGUAGAAGCAGGACUGGUGGAAACAUGGCUACCACUGAAAAUUGUUUUUUUUUUUUUAAGUGUGAUCUUUUUCUUUUAAUGUCAACAUUUGUUCUUUGUUUUAUUGUCAGCUUGCAAUCAUAUGGUAAAGCAUUGUACCAAAGGUGCGAUACAAUAUACAAAAAUCA